UUACUGUUCGGCUUUUUCAAAACUGUCAAAGUGUAGUUUUUGGAAAUCGAUUAUGUUAAUUGUUGCUAAGUAUGCCACACUCACGCCAUGUUUAUACAAAUUUCCCCGCAUACUACAAUAUAUCGCUAAGUUGAAUUCGUCCGCUCCUCCCAAACUUUGCAAACGAUUGCAGCUUUCCUGGUCACACACAGAGAUAGCUGUGAUUGCUGCGAAGAGGAAGACGAGUGCGGUUACCUUUCCAACCUCUUAAAUAAUAUUGCUCGUUUUGGCUUUUGUGAGUCAUGUAAGGAACCCUGUAAUGUCCACAGAACAGGAUAAAGAUACCUUCUCUCUAAAAAGAAACAGAGGUGGUGAUGGUGGGCUUGAUGGUUUAGGAGGGCCAGGCUUACUUCUUGGGAGUCCCGAUAAGAAAAAACGCAAGUCAAGCACACAGGCACUCCAAUUUGCCCCUCUCUCGGAGUAUGCACCACCACCAAACCCAAGUGCUGAUCACUUAGUUGCCUCCAACCCUUUUGAUGAUGGCUUUUGUGUGCCAUCAUAUAAGCCACUGUCGGCUACAAACCCAUAUUUUGGCCCAUCAAAUUACCCAGGAUUCUGCGGCUAUAGCCCACACCGAAUGGUCCCACAUAUCCAGAACAGAAUGCCUGCACCCUAUGGGGGAGCAUAUCCUUUGCGAAACCAGCUACAUCCAUUUGCCCAGAAUCAGAUGGGCAUGACUCUCAAUAGACCUCCAGGGUUUAAUUAUGGGCACCCAGAGAAUCCUAACUAUGGAAACCAGUCCAUGUUUAGUAACAACAGCAACAUGCAACUUCCUUUGGGUCAGCUGUUCAGACCAGGCCCAGGAGAGAACUUUAAUCAGAUGCCGAUUCAUAAUGUCAACCAAAGUGCACCUCCAGACACAGGCACGAGUUUUGUUUCCGAGGCUAAUAACAGUGGAAAUCCAACAGGGAAGGCCUGCGCAGAUAUUAACCCCAGUUUUACACCACAACAGCAUCAGCAGCAACAACAACAGCAACAACAACAACAACAACAACAACAACAACAUAGCAAUUUUUUACAGUCCACCCCACCAAUGCCCAGACAAGAUGCAAGUGAUUCCUCAGGCAAAAGCAUGUCCCAGACAACUUCACCACACAAGCCAGGCCAAAACACUGAGGAGAAUGUGUGUAUGGACAAGUCCUCUGACCUGAAGUCCAAAACCAGGGGUGCACCCAUCAAUCAAGAUGGGGUGCACCCUAACUCUACAGAAAAGAUCAACGGUAUCAUCCACCCUACUAAUGAUACCCUGAGAAAGUCUCCACCUUCUUGUAUUCCCAUGGACACAAGCUCUUUGGAGGAGAGGCGUAAAAGGAGCAGUGCUGGUGUUGGCAUGACUGGUGCAAACAAACUUGGAGCGCACCCUAGUCGACAGAGCCUUUCAUCUGUUGAGCCCGUGUACCCAUGUGGCAUCUGCUUAAAUGAAGUGAACGAUGACCAGGACGCCAUCCUGUGUGACGCCUCGUGUCAGAAAUGGUUCCAUAGGAUUUGCACAGGCAUGACUGAGACCGCCUACAACCUGCUGGCGGCUGAGGCGGCAGCCGUCUGGGGCUGUGACACCUGUAUGGAGGAGAAGGGAGCGCAGCUGGUCAGAUCGAAGGAGACCACUGGACCACCCACAGUCAGCAGUGAGGGUUAGAGACGCAUAUCUGUAUUACAUAACUGUAUUCCUUGGAUGUUCACUCUGUACCUUUAAAGCAGUGGGUGGUUAUGAACAUGCAAUGCACAGAAUUAUUUUCCUUGUUUAUAAAGUUGUUUAUUAUUCCCAUUCAGUCAAAGCUCAAUAGUAAACAAUGUUCUGUAGUCUCAUGACUUUCAUGACCCAUGAAUUUAUCUGUGAUUUAUUGUGUUUGAGUGUCAUUGCUGGGAAGGUAUUUCAGCAGACAAUGGAUAGGCAUUUCAAAAAGAUAGUUUUUACGUUGUGAGGCCAUGUUACUAGAUGCCAUGAGAUAUAAUCGAACAAGCAAUUACACCAGAGCACUUUUCCUGUCAAAGGUGGCCUAUGAUAUGUUACAGUAGGUUCACUUUACUGCCCUGAGCCUGAGUCUCUCAAAAAUGUCAAAUCUGUGUUGAAAUGGUGCUGUUAUGGCUGAUGUUUGACGCAGCUGAAGUUCUCCAAAGCCUUAUAUGGAAAUUACCAGUAUCAUCUGAACUGUUUGAAUAAAACAUAGUCAUAUUUUCCCAUCAGUUUUGGCAUUGAAUGUAGCAAUUAAUUUUUUUCUGGAAUGUAGCAUUAAAGUGUCCAGAGAAAAAUAAUUUAUGUGAAUGUACGGACAUAGAGUUAAUAUAUGUUAGCAUGGAACAAUCGUGCAUAUAUCUAGACAUUUUCAGAUAUAUCUAAUAUGCUAUGUUUUUUCAUAUUGCUUUUCUUUAAGAUGUUCCUUUUGCUGUAAGCACUUCAUUCAAUAUGUUCUUCAGAGCUCAUAGAGUAUUUUAAAUAUCAAUGGUGAUCAGAUAACAGAUGUUUUGUUAGUACUCUAUUUUCCACUCUUUUACUUUUUCUGUUUAAAGAUAGAAUUAUAUAUAUAGGCUUUAAACAAUGCUUUUCUGUGUUUCUUCACCCUACUAAUAUACUGUAAACCCUUUGUUUCAUAAUGAUGCACACUAUUCAUUAUAUUUUUUAAAGUCAAAGUGUAACAGAUCAUAGUUUGUGACCCUAAGAAUGGUUUCAGAACUUUCAUAAUGUUACAUGUAUAGGUUAUUUGUGUAUUAUUUGAAUAGGCCUAUGCAUUGUUAAACAUAUAAUUUGUUUCAUAUGUGCAAUUUUUUAUGGUUCCAAAAUAAUUUUCAGAUUUUUGCGUUUGCUCAAAAAUGUGCCAUUUAAUCUUCCUAAACAAUGUGGCAUUGUGAAUGUAAUCUGUUUUGUAUCUGAGUGUGGUAAUCUGUUGAACAAGAUGCUGCAUUACAAUGUAGUACUGGUCCUACAGUUCAUUAGACGUACAUGAAGCUCCAAUAUAAUUCCCUAAUACUCUGAAUGUUGAUUUUCAUCACAGCCAAAUAGCACGUUUGGUCCUCAGUAUACGAACAAUUAUAUUUAUGUUGAAUAAUUCUGUUAAUUUAUUAGAUUUAAAUUCUGCUGUCAUCAGAUAAUGUGUGGUGUUGAUUAAAAAAAAUCUG